CUUUGGCAAGGAUGCACGGUAACGAACCAGUUCCGUUCUAUAGUUCAACGACGUUUCACGCUGUCGAGAAGCACUUGUAUAGCCCCCAGGCUACUUCUCAUCACGGUUCAGAGGACUGCCUCAUGCGGCGGUUUGUUUCCAUAAGGAGACCGGAAAAUCUCCGGUCUUAGCAUACAGGUCUUCACUCCGUAUAAAAAGCUCAUCGCGCAACACUAUUGUGCAUCCUUCAAUCUUUCAAUGAAGGUCUUCUCGGCCUCCUCCCUCGCUUUGCUGGCUCUAUUGGCACCGGGUGCUCUGGCCGCAUCGUCGUGGGCUGGUGCAAAUAACUACUACGCCUUCAAUCUACCUGAUGAUGACAGACACACUCUUCUCGACGCUAUGCAAUCCGCAGGGAUGAAGGUUCUAAGGACCUUUGGCGGUCUGCCAGCGAAUGUCAAGAACAGUGGCAAUCCUGGCGUUCCAGACUUGGAGGCUGACGGCUUCGGGCAAUGGAACGACAAGGUCUUGACGCAGAUAGAUCAACUAAUGGUUGAUGCUCAAGCCCGAGGGAUAAAGCUUCUGAUUGCCUUGCAUGGUGGAGAAAAUUCGCUCGAUGGUACGUCGCAAAACAGUGUCCCGGACGUAUACGGGACCCAGUACCAUAGUCAGGGAUUCUACACGAAUGAAGCCGCCAUCGAGCACUUCAAUACGCGCAUCACACACAUCCUCAAUGGUCAUAACAAUACACUCGUUGAUGGCAAGCCCUGGUCAGAGCUAUCUGACUACAUCUUCGGUUUUGAAGCCCAGAAUGAGCCCAUGAUCAAGGAACCAUCGAGUUUUUAUCAGGAGAACCUUUCUUGGAUCUGCAAGACAGCUUCGCAGAUCAGGAACAAUGUUGGCAACAAAAAUCAGUUAAUCCUUACCGGGGGCGGCAAUGCCGGGGCUAGUGUGCAAAGCUUGUUCUUUGGGAGUUCCUGCGCCGAUAUUGACGUAGUCGCGAUUCAUGACUAUACCGACGGCUAUGACAGCUACAUGAAGAACGCUGUCUCUUCCGCUCAGAGUGCUGGGAAGAAGCUUCUGGUGGAGGAAUGGGGCUCAGCUUACUCUUCGGACGACUCUUCCAGGAUCUCCAAUAUGAAGAGCAACGUUGACAAGAUAAACUCGUAUGGCGUACCCUGGAUGUAUUGGGAGCCCAUCCCGGGGACUGACCCCCACCAAAAGGAGGAUUUUGAGGUCCAAGUCAACGGUGGAGAUGACUGGACUACUCUGGUAUCCUCGGCUAAGGAUACUCGCAAAGUCGACUCUCCAUUCGACUUCUCGGCCUCUCUGCCGCCGAGUUGA